AUGUUCAGCCCAGCAAAACUCACCGCAAAUGCUUUCAACUCGUUCCGAUGGUCGAUCUGGGGACCACAGUACGCUGCCCUGCUAGGCGCAGCUGCAGCACUUAUGGCGAUGGUCAUUCUACUUGCCAAGUUUGAUGAUCAGCUUUUCUUUGAGUGGAAGGGUAUCUCACUCAAUACCAUCAUUUCCAUCCUCUCAGUCACGAUAAAGGCGGCAGUUACUUUCGUCAUCUCGGAGUGUAUCUCUCAGUGGAAAUGGAUUCUGUUCAGUCGCGGAGAACAGCGGUUGCUCAUCGAUUUCGACCGGAUCGACGCAGCUGCGAGAGGCCCAUUGGGCAGUCUCAGGAUUCUUUUCAGAACGAAGAGAGCGUUCGUUACACAAUUUGGUGCCGUCUUGACUCUGAUCGUCCUCGGUCUGGACCCCUUCACACAGCAGCUCAUCCAGCUACGUCCAGAGAUUCAGUACAACGAGCCCGACGACAAUGCCGUGGCUUACAUUGCCAACACGGGGAGCUAUUAUCUCGGAACUGCUCAAAGCCAGCCGAGAUUUUUCGAAAAUUCAACAUUUAAUUCAGAGGGCAACGUAAUUGAAUUCGAAAGGCAUGAAUGGUGGAACGUAACGACUAGCGUUUCUCCGUCAAUGGAGGGCGCAAUUAUGAGUGCUUUUUACAACUCAACAGAGCAGCUUCGAAAUGAAACUCUGUUUGAGUGUACAGCUGGUGAAUGCAAAUUCGGCCCUUUUCAGACCCUCGGCAUAUGUCACAGAUGCAACGAUGUUACUUCGGAACUCACGACCAGGGCGGACAACUUCGACAAUGUCAUCAACGCCAUCUACGAAUACCGAACCGAAGCCAUCACAUCUAAUAUUCUGGCUAAGGCUGUCAGUCUCCCAAAUGGCCACUUCAUUGCCAACACCGACGGCUGCCGGCCCUAUAACGACGAUACUACUUUCGGUUGCUGGGGCAAGUCGACCAUGAGCACAACUUUCGGCACCGGAAAUCCAAACAAGACGGUAUCGAUGAAAGAUAUCGACACUCUUCUUUGGUCCAUGAGCUUUAUCUACCCAAACAAGGAAACGCUCAACAAGUCCGGGUCUUUUCCCAGCCUCAAGGAUGGAGGCAAUAAAGACGCCGUCACCUGGCCUACUGUUGCCUUGAAUGCCUCAGAAUGUGCACUCUACUAUUGUGUCAAGAAUAUUUCAUCAACAGUCUUAGACAACCGACUUGAGGAAGACAUCACUGAAGUCGACGGCGUCACGAGAACCGAAGAUUCAUGGGACUCAGGCCUCACAGAUCAGACGGGCCUCACACAUCAGACGCGAGUGAGACCACCAGAAUACCUCGCACCCCCCGAUGAAUCUCGCGCACUGGAGUUUCACGAGUACUGGUCCGUCGCUUUCUAUAAAAAUCUGACCCUGACACUUCCGAGCCUGAGAUUCCCCUGGCGGAUGGAAGUGGGACAGGAGUCCGUAAAGUCUCUCAGCGCCCAUUUCCAAGGCCUGUUCCGGUGGGAACCCUGGUAUAACAACACCAAGAUCCGUGAGGCUCUCCAGAAGAUUCCCGGAAUGGAGAAAGCGGACGGCUUCAACGGUGCAAUCUUGGGCCCUCUUGACCAAACCGACUUGAACAUGGACGCCAGACCACCGGCGCUGAAGUACCUACUUCCAUGGUCCCGACUUGAUCAUGCCAAUAUUUCUGUGGUGUUUGAAACAUUGGCUAUGAGCAUGACGAACGAGAUGCGCCGUACUUCUGACAUGCAGGACCAAGCCCGGAACGGCAUGGAUACCAUGUCACAUAAAGGGCUAGUCGGCAGUCCAAUCGUGCUGUACCGAGUAGCGUGGCCGUGGAUCGCCCUUCACGUCACGGCACUUGCAUGUGCCUUGGUCUUCCUGUUCAUGACGAUCCAUGGUUCCGACGGCAAGGAAAAUAUACCGCUAUGGAAGAGUAGCUCCCUGGCAGCUAUCCGACGUGGGCACGAUGCAGGUGGCGUAUUCGAUGAUACGGGUCCGUCCAUUGGGGAGAUGGAAAACAAGGCAAGAAAGGUGUAUAUGGGAGAGAGUCAAGACGAUCCUGAAGAAGCAAAGCCUUGUAUUACGCUGGUUGAGACCCCUGUACCGAAGCAGAGAAGCCAGUCACACACAUUCUAG